CGUUAGCACCGGUCGGCCAAGAGCUUGACGUCUGACCAGAACUGACUGCUACCAACGUGCACAUCUAAAUUCCUCCACAGCAGACGUAUCUCUGGAAGAGCAGGAGCCAGGCACACACGAUGUUUGCUAGAGGUUUGUGCGUCACUCUACUGUUGGUAGUAGGCGGGGUGUUGAACGAAGCCGAGGCCAAGCUGGGCUAUUAUGAAGGCGGAACCAUCUUUUGGGAGGCACGCAAUGCGAACAAUCCACGAGAGAUCACUAUUGAUUUUGAACUCAACUUUGAUUCGCGGAAAGACUCUGUUACCCAUCGUCAGUGCACAGAAGAAAGCAUCGCUGAACACAAGAAACUUCGCACUGGUGGUCAGUUUGUCGUUGGUGAUGCACCACCGGUGUGGGCAGACUAUUACUGCACACACCUGGACAGGAAAAGAAAUGCGGCUACUGGAGUUUACAGCAUGACGUACACCUUGCCACCAGGUCAAACAAAGGCAGAAAUAUCAUACACAGAAUGUUGUUGGAUCCCUGGUAUUGUCAACAACGGCCGCGACAUUGGAAAUGGGAAGGGCUGGAACCUGGCGUCUACCAUCAACAUUGCUCACAAAGAUGGCGUCUCCAUCAACUCCCCUCCCCAGAGCAAAACAUUUGCCAAAUAUUCCAUCAUGUCUGGUUGUACCUACAGUAUUCAUAUUCCAAAUGAUGACGCCAACAGUGACGUAGUCAAGUGCAGGUGGACUAGCAAGAAAAAGAACGAAUGCAAUCUGAAUGCCUUGGAUAUUUGUGGAAAACCUUACUUCGACGAAGAGAGAGUGAAACCGGUGGCAAGUCUGACUAAGGAGACUUGUGAGUUACGAUUCGGAGAGGAGGAAGUGAUCCCUCCUGGCACCUACGCUUUCAUGGUCAUGUUGGAGGACUUUGCUCCUAACAAACUCAAGAAGCCAAUGAGUAAAACUCCUGUACACUUCCUGAUGGAUGUAUUCCAUUACGAAGGCGAUUGCAGACAGCCACAGCUGCAUGUUCCUAGAAUGUGCUUUGCUCACGUGUUGGGAGAAGAAUUUAGGAUGAGAAUGGUUGCCACAGCUACAGCUCCUAAUUACAGAAUCACCAGCAUUGAUGUGCAGGGUUACCCAACACACACACCAUCGCAGAUACACGGAACUGCCUCUGACUAUGAAGUCAUCUUUAGUUUCAUGCCAAGGGAACUGAAGACGUACACAAUCUGUGCGAUGGCCCGUGAAGAUGAGAGGUUUGUCAGCACACAGUCCUGUUUUAUUGUGAACGUUGUUCAAACAGAACCCACGGCACUGUCCGUGGAUCGGGCCAACUCCAUUCCCGCCCAAGGUGACCAAGAGGCUGAAGCUGUUAUUCCAAAUUGGGCCAUCAAAUUCAAAAGAAGGAUUCGCAAAGGUGUGUUCAGCCCAGCUUACGUGACCCUCCGUGACUCCAACAAUGACGUGGUCUGGCGUGUAGAUGCAACGGGACCCGAUGCUGAGAUUGUUGAUGGUGAAACACUCACCUUUCCUAACAGUCAGGAUGUUUUCUUGGAGUAUGCGACCGAGUAUACCAUAGCCCUGGAUGAAGGAGUCGUGCAGAGUAAUGACAAAAAGUGUUCGGUGAAAUCUAAACCUGCAGAAUGGAGCUUUGUCACUGGAGUUCCCGCAGCAGCAAUAAAUGGACCUGAUUGCAGUGUCUCCUCCAUGAGUUUGUACCUUCCCAAACUCACCCUGGAGCUCGGGGGCUACGGUCCGGAGAUAAUGCACCUGCGUGACCCAAAAUGCACCGGUGCCAAUUUCAAUGAUACGCACUAUUAUGUGUGGACCUCCUACGGCUUGUGCGGCACAACAUAUCAGCGUAACGGUACGGAUCAUACAUACAGCAACAUCGUCUACAUUCCCGAUGAGCCCUACACCCCUGAAGGGACUGAGGUUACCCGGGUCCCCCACCGUGAGAUUCGCUUCUCCUGCAGCAUCCCCGCCAAGACCAUCAAAACCCUCGCAUACGACCCCAAUCCAGGAAUCCUUGAGUAUCAAGAGUUCAACGGCAGGGCUGACUUCUUGGAUAACCUGGCAGACACCACACUGAAGCUCUUCAAUGCAAACUACGACCAGGCAUAUGGCGAGCUCUCGAAGCCACUCAAAGUGCCAUUUGACACCAGGCUGUACUUUGAGGGAGAGGCCAGUUGUCGUGAUAACCGUCAAUGCGAUGCUUUCUUCCAAUCCUGCUGGGCCACGACUUCUGACAAUCCAUAUGACUGGCCUCGUCAUGAAUUGAUCAAAAGCGGGUGCAUAGAAGAUGAGACUCUGGUGCUUCAUGAGUCGCACAGUUCCAACAAGGUUCGCUUCUCUGUGGAUGCCUUUGCCUUCCUCGGUUGGCGUAUCUUCGAUACGGUGUAUGUCCACUGCAACGUGUUUGUCUGUCCCUCAAAUGACUAUUCGUCCAUCUGCAAGAGAGGCUGUGUUGGUACACGCUCUAUGCACUUUGAUAGGGUCAGCCGUCGUGAUGUGAUGUCAGUAGUCUCCUCUCCAGGAUUGGCCAGGCAGAAGUAAAGGGAGUAGUCUCUUCUCAAGACGUGGUCAGACAUGAAUGUAGAGAGGAUAUUGAGAGUUGGUUUAUAGGAACUUGUGCACCAUAUAUACGAAUUCAGCUGAUUUUAUUGACUUUCUUUGCGUCAUAAGUUGCGUUUAUUUAAGUACGAAUAUUUCAAUGAGUAAUGGUUUUAGGCUCCUCCGGUUAAUAACAUUCUUAAUUUAAACACCGUUUUGCGUAUCAAUUGUUGGGUUGUAGAGUAUUGUUUAGUGCAUAUAGACACGUAGGCCUAUGUUUUAUUAAUGUCUGUAUAAUCUUAUAACUGCAAGAAUUAGUGGUGCUUUUUAAGAAAACUAAUGUUCGGUUCUAUUGUGAAUUAAUCUUUUUGCUAUACAAGAAACAUAUGUUGAAUAUUUCAAAAAACCAAAUUCGAUGACUUUAUUAUACAAAGCAGAGAAAAACACCUUAUCGAUGACUCAAGAUUGUACGUUUUACUCGUUUACUCGGCCCGAUUAGAGAUUGUGAUCUAAGCAACAUAAUAGGAUGACCUGAAGAACAUUAAGAUUACCAAAUGCUCACCGUUUGGUAUGCAAUCAACUUUUUUACCAAAUUCUUCAUGGUCCGUUGCCAAUUGCAACAAUAUGCAUGAUUUCUUGAAUGGAUAUUCUCAGAGAAAUAGCCUAGGGAAGUAUAGUUCUUCACUAAGAAAGCGCAGUAAAUGUUUUUCAUACUCACUGUUCCGUCAAUAUUGUCAAUAACUAUAGCCCAAGAAAAGAGAUACAGUAUUUCUAAAAAAAGAGUACUGUAUCGGAAAAUCCACAAACUUACUGAUUGUCUUUUUCAGACAUUGGUUGAAAUCAACUGGAAAAAGCAUUGGUGUCGGGACAAGAAUUUAAGUGUUUAAAUUAAAGAAACAUAGCCUUCCAGGGACUUUCCAGGAUUCCACGUGGAAAAUAUAACCUUUAUUUUCUUUAUUCUAAAUUUACAGCAAUGCCACUAAUUUGAUUUUUUUUAUUUGGUUGCAGUUCUUAUUUUUAACUUAUUCUUAUACUUACUUAUAACAAUUUAUAAUUAUUUAUUACUUAUUAUUAAAUAUGUUUUGGUGUGGUGAAUGGUAAAUUUUAAGUAGUAUAUUGCGUUGCAUGUACCGUUUAGUAAAUUUGAAUUGCAUUCAAAUCGAGGACUGUUUUGUGAGUCAUUAGCAAAUGUUGAUGGUAUUUAAUUCACUCUGUAUAAAAAUCAUUGGUUCAAAAUUAACGACAAAAAAAAAACAGAGUAAAGGCAACGUCAAGCACAAGUCUAUUUCCAUCAGAUACGUAUAUCAAAUCACAAGAAGUGACGUCACAAGUGACAGGAUGACGACAAAGGAGUGCCUUUAUCCAGUUCAUUAGGAUAGGUUGUCGGUUGACUUGAGAUUUGACGACUCGUUAGUGACUGACAUGUGAGGAAAAACGGUCACUCAUGGACAGUUAAACAGCCGUUAUGAUUUAGGAUUGAGCCUGGUUCACCAAGUGUCGACACUUCCCAAAUCCUCCCUUGAGGCAAAACACGACAAGGCCUCGGGUUCUGUAACCCGGGUCCAUUAUUCGGAUGGAGGCUAUCUCGGGGGAUCUCGAUCAUUUGCUUGGGAACUCAAUGCAUUCAAGCAAUUAACAGCUCCACCCCCCUCAAAAUUAGGGCCAUUUUGGGCGAUGUUACGAUUUCCCGUGCACCUUGCUUGUGUCUAAUACUCGUAUAGGCAUCGUAAAUUUUGCUUAAUCACCCAUCUUCCAAUUUUGUUUUAUGGAACAAGUUUUUUGUUGGGAUGGUAUGUUUUACAGCAGGGACGUGAAGCAACCAGAUUAGUUCGGAUGAAGUCAAUUCAGUUAAGGAGAAUGGACGAGGGACUGAAGAUUUGUUCACCUCGUCCAUUCUGGCAACAACGAUAGUUUAUGUGAAUAAUCCACAUUUUUUGAAUGAGUGUAUUCGUACAAUUUAUGCAAAUGUGCCUGGCCCUGUGCUUGCACCAACAUCAGAUCCUAUUGUUGACCCUUCGGAUGGGUGCACCCCUUUUGUUCCAUUCAUCACUGGCACAGUGCAUUUGUCUUGUGAGAAGUCACACACACAUGCACAAUUACUGGUGUUUAGUCUCAAUACGCUAGUCUACCCUUACUCCCAAAGCCAAGUGGAGUUUAUACUGUACGUUACAGGUAUGGGAUUACUGGAUUCUGAAAACCAUUCAAUCCGUUUUGAUGUUGUCUUUUGCGGGAUUGGUCGGAGGAGUUUUAACACCAACCAUAAGAAAAAGUUGGCAAGCACCUCAUUUGUGCAUAGAGCUCUGUGAUUUGUGGAACCACAUGUUUUUGCUCGUGGAUGAUGGAGUGUACAUCAGAAUAUGAUAUACAGUAUAUGAUAUAUCUCACUCACCACAGGAAAUAAUUUUGUUUGGAAAAUACAUUACUUUGGAAUAUA